GAAGGUCAUGGCAGACUGAUGGACCCGCCAGCACGCAACUCUAUGUGGAGGUUCGGCUUCCCAAACCCUGUCAAUUACAACGACAACGAGCUGUUCUGUGGAGGUUACGCGGUCCAGUGGGAGCAAAACUCCGGUCGCUGUGGAGUAUGCGGCGAUGCGCAUCACCUGUCGGAACCCAGGCCUCACGAGGCAGGAGGCAUGUUUGGGAAAGGAAUCAUCACGAAACACUACAGUGUGGGACAGGAAAUCGAAGUGGAGAUCGAACUGACGGCCAAUCACCUGGGCACGUUCGUGAUGAAACUGUGUCCAAACAACAAUCCGAAUCAGGAAGCUACGCAAGAAUGUUUUGACAGGUACCCCCUCGUCGUGUCCGGAACGCGGGAAGACCGGUUCCUGAUUCCUCUGGACACGGCCAAGAAGGAGGUGUUCCGGUACAGAGUAGGACUGCCAGCUUACGUCACCUGCACGCAGUGUGUGCUGCAGUGGACUUAUUAUACAGGCAACAUGUGGGGCAUCUGCCCAAACGGCUCCGAGGCUGUCGGCUGCGGGCGCUCCGAAACGUUCCGGAAUUGCGCCGACAUCAGCAUCAUCACCAGCACCGGAGGCCUGCCGCCGGCCUUCGCUGGCGACCUGCGGCGGGACAACCCCUUCCUGCUGUAUUAUAGGGAUGCGUACCGACCGCAGAAUCUAUACCCGCUUGUUGUCAGCAACGAUAUUUCGGAUAGCGAUGAAGAUUUUGUCCCGCAAGUUAUUAGGGAUCAAGUCUGCGUGCCGUCACUUGCGUACCGAGUGUUGCCUGGUAUGCACAGUUGGUGUCAGACCAACUGUCUCCGGUAUCCUCCUAACUGUCCUGAAGCGCUUUGCUCGUGCCCACAAACCUGCGAAGCCAUCGGUGAGCUAGAAGGGAAAGAGGGCGCUGACGUCUACUGUCUGGACCAAUGUAUCGUCUACCCGUCGCGCUGCCCCGCCGACAGAUGUCGCUGUUAUUAAACUGACUUAGAGCUGUCAAAUGUUUCACCACACUACGGAAAAAGUUUUCUUUUUUUUUCAAAGUCACUUAGGAAAUUAGAAUUUUAUUCUAGAAGGGCAUAUAAUUUGAUUUGGCCAAUUUCUAGUUAGUUCCUCCUGUAGGCUAGUAGGAUGGAUUUUAAGGAAUGACUUUGAAUUAUAAAUAUGUAUUCAAUUUAAAAGUUUUAGGCCCACUUGCAUCAACCACUUAACUCAGGGUUAGUGGGCUGUCAACUGUCAAAUUCCAUAUAAAAUGGUGGGUUAACCCUCCAUUUUCUUUGGUGCAAGUGGCCCUUACGGAUCUAUUAUAUAGAUUCAAUCAAAUCUUGACACAAAAAAAAUGUAGGGGUCACCGGCCAAUUGUUUUCAUAAAACUCGUGCUUUCCUAAACCUUAAAUACAGUAUAAUAAAGAGUACUAUCGUACAGUAUGGCCACUUCCGCCCCCGCUGAAAGUGCCGCUCACCUAGGGUUGUAAAUAGAAAAAAAAACAAAUGUUUUUUUUUCAGAAUUGUG